UGACAGACGCUAUGGCAACCAGUACAGAGGGAAUCUCUUCUGACAAGUACAGUAACGUUAGCUAAACAAUGUAUUUUGAGUAUGCAAGUAACAUCGUAGUUAACGCCAUUGCUCUAAAAUUACCCUAGUUGACUGCGACUGGAGCGUUAGUAGAAGAAAAGAAAAACAAUGAGAACAGCUGCUGUUCACUCUGAUGAAUGAACCCGGGUCUCUCGGGUGAUUUAGCGUUUAGUUUUAUUAGUCCAGCAUUUGAACUGAAUUAAGUACCGUUAACAUGAGCUUCACCUUGGCCGUGGAAAUGAUUUAACAGCCCGUGAAGCUUUAAGGCGUUCUGGGGAUGUUUGCCAGGAUCAUUAACGCUCAGUGACCGACAGAAAGCUUAUCCCUGGUAGAUUAAUAGUAACGUAAGUUAUUGAGGAAAACUUCUGAUGUCUGAGUGGAGAAACGCUUUCCUGAGGAACCGCGUGAUUCCGCCGCACAGUCAGACUGCUCGACAAGCGCCAGGAUCUGCUCAGGGUCUGCAGCUGCUCUUCAAACACCUCGAUGGACUUCACGUGACACAGUCUGAGUCGCCGCCAUCACUUCAGUAUCAGCUACGGGUGACCUUGUUUGACUCGGGUCACCAGCACUUCUUCGGGCGCACAUGGAAGAGCAGCUCACACUCUGUCAGUGGCUCACCGGGUCAGAGCUGUCGAGUGCUCUUCAAUGAGGUUGUGUACUUCCACACUUCCCUGUGUUUGAGCUCAGUGAUGGCAGUGGUGGAGCUGGUGUCUCUGUCUACCCGGGCUGACGGUUCCCAGGAAGCAGUGGGGUCAGGUUUUGGACUUCUCCAGCUUUUCACAGGUCACACAGACUCCAGCGUCUCUCAGGGGGAGGACAGGCUGAAUCUGUUCAAUGGAACCCCUAGAGCUCUCCUGCAUCCAACACUGAAAGACCCUCUGCAGUUGAAUGCCAUGGUGUCUGUGAUGGAGGGCACUCAGCUGAUCUACUCCAUACAGCCACAUCCAGCUCUCACUACUAUCAUGCACCUUCUCCCACCCAAUGUUUUAGUGUCUGGACAUGAGAAAAUCCCUGGUGUGGUGUCGUCCAUGGACACAGACACAGCAGAUGCGCUGCGGAAGCCUCGUCUGCUGAAGAGCUUCUCGUGUGUGUUGGAGGGCCUACGUGUGACACUCUUCCCCUCCGUGGAGGUCUUUGAGUCUGACCUGCUCCAGCUGCUCAACAGAGACUGCCAGAAUACAAAUAGGGGUGCAGAAAGAAGGUCAGUUGUGGUGCAGGAGCGCAGGCUGCUGGUUGGGGUUCAUAAUGGCUGGGGUUGGGUGGAGAAGCCUCAUGUUUUGGUGUUGGAAUGUGAUUCUGGAGGAACCGAAGCAGCCAAGGCUCGUGGAUCCAGCUUCAGGCAGACCUCCACAGACAAACUCAGUGAUGGACUGUCUCUUCGUGGCAGUGUGCAGCUGAAGCUGAUGAGGGACGUGGAUUUCAGCAUUGUCUUCCAGCUCCAGUAUGUUUUCUCAUGUCCACUGGCUGGUGAUGGGCAGUUGACAUCCACAGCUGUGCCCAGAGCAGCGUUUAUGCAGUGUGUGCGCUGGUGCGCCUGGAGUCUGUUUUGGGAUCCUGAGGGUCCCGGGGAAAACGUGUGCCUCAACCUGCAGGGCGACUCUUUCCCGAACCCUUGGGCUGUCAUGGUCUACACCGCAAGCACACAGCAGACAAAUUCUGGGAAAUGUGUCAUCAAGUUCAAGUUUUCAUCUAGUGCAGAAGGAGCUUCUAGCUGUGCGGCAUUGAAAGUGAGCCACCAGGAAACAUCAGCACCUAAGAAGUUACUUUCAGCUUCCCAAGAUGAAAGGAUCUUAGAGCCAACAGCUUCAGUGUUGCAGUCUUCACGUGGCCCAGCGCUGUCUCUCUCUCAGCUGGUUGCGACUUCACGCUACCCGACCAUGAGCCACACGACGGGGUCUCCAUGGCAACAGCAGCUCCCCUCUCUGCUCUCUCCCUCCCCGAUGGCAUCGGCCCACCAGCUGUCACAUGUCGAGCGUCCAGUUGUUGGCAGUAUUGCUCAUCUGGAGCUGAGCGUGCAGGAGAGAGUGGGAGACAGAAGUGAGGAAGAGGAUGAGAUGCAGGAGUUGACCUUCACCCCGGUGCACGCACCUGUCAUCACCCUCGGGACAAACGCUGCUGGCUCCUCCAGAUCGACCUCCCGGAGAUCUUUGGCACAGCUCUUCUCUGCUGGUUUUCCUCAGAUCCUGGACCAUCAGAACCAGGUGGCUGAGGUUCUGGAUCCUUCAGAGCCUGUGAACUUUAACCCCCAGAGAGAAGAAGCAGAUGCUCUGCAGGCAAACACACUCGUCCUGCAGUUCCUGGCCUUUACCAGGGUCCCUCAAGGUGGAGUAAAUUCAGACUGGCCGAGCUCUGUCCAUUUCACCUUCCAGCUUUAUCGCUUUCCUCCUGUCACCACCGAACGGCUGAAGCUGCUUGACCAGGAGAAGACCAGCAAGUUUAAAGGCAACUCUGAUUCCCCUUGUGUGCUCUCUCUGCUCAACAAAGAUGGCACACGUAGCUCUGGUUUUCCUGGUCUUCAGCUGCAGUAUCGAGUAGACCCACAAUUCCUAAAGCCAGGUGAACGAGGGUGGUUUCUGCGAUACCUGGCACUCCACUCCUUGCAGAUUGAUGUCUGGGACAGUGAAUCCUUAAUGCUGAUUGGCUCAGCUGCUGUGGAGCUGAAGCAUAUGCUACGCCAAGGCCGUCCGGCUGUACAGGUGAGCCAUGAGCUAGAAGUGAUCACUACUGAGUACAUGCAGGAUGCCAGCUUUACUAGCAGACAUGAGUGCAAACACAGCGCCACUUCAGCCAUCAGCGUCUACACUACUGUGAAAGGAAUUUUGCAUCUACGGCUUGGCAACAUUGGUGGCAGUGUGUGGAAUACUCAGAGUUCUCCAGCUGUUCCUCCGUCGUUCUCUCAUGUUCUCCAGCCCAGCGAUGGCCCUCAGGGUUUAGCAGGAGGAAGAGUGUCUGCUUUAACACUCCUCCAGCUUAACGCGAGCAAUGCCAGACGAGCCCGUCGGUUGCCAGAAAUCAACAGUGAACUGGCCAGACUCUUGCAAAGCAGCAUGAGGGAAGUGGGCGGAGCCGAAGAGAAGGAAGUGCGCCAGAGGAAGAUUGACAGAAUGGCAGCUGUCCGUCAACACGAGGAGCAGAAGGACAUGCCCCCUUUUCAGGACUACACAAACGCCACGAGUCACCGGGCAGAGCGAGUGCAGCAUUCGCGAGACCUGCGUGUGAUUGAGGCCUAUCGUGAGCGUUGUAAAACACAGGAGAUCACCAACAUGCUUUCUCAGGCAAUCACCACCAAACACACACUCUACGCCACCCUCGGUACGGCCGAGUUCUUCGAAUUUGUGCUCAAGAACCCAUUCAAUGUUCCUCAGACAGUCACCAUUGAAUGUGACGACCCAGAGCUCAGUGUACUGGUGAAGAGCGAAGAGUGGAGAUAUUUUAAGGAGUUGACGAAGACUCUGACUCCUCUAGAGGAGGAGAUGUUUCACCUGACGGAGAAAACAAUGACUCCUCAAGUUUACCUGCGGCCAAAAGAAAGCGUUUAUGUUCCCUUCAAGUACCAGACCUUUGUUUGUGGUCACAGCUUUCUUCUUCAGGACUCAAAAAGCUUAAAGAUUUCAAGAAGUCCACAGAUGGCUCAGAAACAUCUGUCCAAUACAAUCCAAGCCAAAUCCAUCAAGGUGUUGUUUCGUGGUGAGGACAGAAAGCCUCUGGCGAUCUGCCAGGUGGAUGUUGAACCAACGCCACAUGUGGUGGACCAGACCUUCCGCUUCUACCAGCCUGAGCUCACCUUCUUAAAGAAGGCCAUUCGCCUGCCUGCAGCCUGGGACGACACAGCAGAUGGAUCUGCCAGCCUCCAUGUGCACUGCAGUGACCCCAAUGUCAUCUGCCAUACCACCAGCCUGACUCCAGGAGAACCACAGGAUGUUUACCUGAAAGUACCUGGAAGCCCAAGUCCACAGAUUAGAAAGUUCUUCAUCACCAUUUUCACUGACCCCUGGCUGGCCUCCCCUGCGCAGAUCUGGCAGGUUUACGUGCAUUACUUGCAAAGGAUGGACCUGAGCUGUGUGUGUGGUGCUCUGAGCUGGCAUUCGCUGCUUCUGCGCGGCACACAAGCCAUUCGCAGGGUCAAGUGCUACACGUCGCAUCCCCUCGAGCUCCAGGUGGAUCCAGCUGAAGUUUUCGCUCUGCCGGCUCAGGGAGUUCAGGAUAUUCGUGUGGGCCUGAGGGCUCUGAGGCCUGGAAGUCGCUUCUUUUACCUCAGUGUUGUUGAUGUGGACACGCGGCAGCUUGUGGACUCCUGGCUGCUGUGCAUAACAUGCCGACAGCCUGUAAUCUCCAAGGCAUUCGAAAUCAGCGUUCCUGUAGAAGGAGGGAAGGGCAGCAAUAAAAAAAUCAGUUUCACAAACCCCUACUCGUCCUCCAGAGUCUUCAAUCUGCGCACAGACCGCCCGGACCUGCUACACUUUAAAGAGGAGCAGUUUCAGAUUGGAGGAGGAGAGCUCUACACCAUCGGCCUGCGCUUUGCUCCGAGUCAGAAUCCCGGCAUGGAGGAGAUUCUCAUCUUUAUUAAUGACAAACAGGAUAAGAAUGAGGACACUUACUGUAUUCGAGUCCAGUACAGAUAACACAACACCAUCACAUAACAAACUGACACAUCAAUAAGCAUUCUGACACAUCAUGCACAUGUAUUUUUGCUAAUAUUAUAAGUUUAUACAAACAACACGUUUUGAAAUACAGAUCAAACAUAUAUUUAAUAUAUAAAUGCAAGCAAUGAGCGAGAUUCAAGAAAUAGUUUACCCAAAAAUUGUAUUUUCUUCAUCAUUAUCUCACCCUCAAGUGGAUUUUUCUGUUGAACACAGCGGAAGUGCAUUUGAUGAAUGUUGGAAACCAACAUUGACAUCCUUAGUAGGAAUAUUAAAUGCUGUGGAAGUCAAUGGUUUCAA